AACAUGAUCUUAUUUUUGUUAUAUUCUAUUCUUUGAUAUUUGAUAUUUGAUAUUUGGUGCUCGUGUGAAAUUGUUCCGUUAACGUUUGUGUUCGUUGGUGCAGCUCACAGAACAUUUCACUGCAGCUGGUUUCACAUUGUUCUGUUGUUCUGUUGGGUUCUGUUCCACGAGGCAGGAGAAGACUUGUAUGAGUUAGUAGAAGUAUUGAUGAUGAUGCGAGGGUCAGGCUGCAGCACAUUGAUCUCUAUGAGAUGUAUAUUCACAUAUCUUCAGUACGCAGAGACGUGAGAGUGAAGAAGCUCUACAUCGGCUCCAUGGAGAUCAGGAACCAGGCUUUCCUGCUGGACUACGAGGACCCCGGCAGUCCUCUGUUCUCUCAGCUGGCCUCUCUGGUCAGCAGACAGCUGAAGCUGAUUUACUCCAAGAACUCCGUGCUGGCGAAACACUUCAAAGGCUCCACAGUCCAGGCCUUCAGUGAGGGCGACGGUGGUGAAGGCGUCGUAGCGUACUACGAGUCAGAGUUUGACGUGCACAUGCUCCAGCAGGCGUCGCUGGACGAAGCCGUCGAGUCUCUGGAGCCGGGGACAGGAAGUCAGCAGAAACAAGGACGAGUAAUGCUGAUACCCACUGACGCCCUGAACGUCAACAACGUCAUCUCACGAGCGAUCGACCCACGCAUGACGAGGAACUCUUUGUCUGUGAAGGAGCAGUUCAACCUCCACGUCAGCUCAGCGGGGGGCAUCCAGUCUCCGGGGUUCCCCGACUCCUCGUACCCGCCCAAUGUCUACCUGCAGUGGAGGCUGAGGGCCGACCCGGGCCACCGAGUCCGCCUGGACUUCCACACUCUGAUCCUGGAGGACGACUGUCGGAAGGACUUCAUCCAGAUCUACGACUCGCUGGCUCCGAUCCGGAAGCGGGUCCUGACAGAGCAGUGUGGGUACCCUCAUGACUCCCUGUCCUUCCUGUCCUCUGGGAACGUCCUGCUGCUGCUCCUGAUCACCAGCGAGGAGAAGAACUUCCCCGGCUUCAGAGCCAACUACUCCCAGAUCCCUGCAGCGCAACAAAAGUGUGGAGGAACGCUGACUGGAGACAAAGGAUCCUUCUCGUCACCUUUCUUCCCCUCCAACUAUCCUCCAGAAACCAAAUGUGUCUGGAACAUCGAGGCCCCAAAAGAAAAGUUUUUGAAGGUUCAGUUCAAGACGUUCUCCUUAGGAAACUACAGCAGGCAGUGUCUCAAAGACUAUGUGGAUGUCAACGGUGAAAGACUGUGUGGCAGGAAAUUGAAAAGCAGCGUGAUCACCAGCCGAAGCAACAUGAUGACCAUCAAAUUCAACUCUGACUCGUCCUACGUUGACCAGGGCUUCACCGCCGAGUACGAAGCCUUUGUCCCAACUAAUCCUUGUCCUGGGAGGUUCCAGUGCACCAACAACCUGUGCAUCAACCAGACUCUGCAGUGUGACGGCUGGAACGACUGUGGAGACGGCAGCGACGAGGACAACUGCACGUGCGAGGCGUCUCAGAUGAAGUGUAAAAAUGGCCGCUGUAAACCCAAGUUCUGGGAGUGCGAUGGGUUCGACGACUGCGGAGACAAAACCGAUGAGGAGAACUGUGUAAAAUGCAAACCAGGAGAGUUUUCCUGCAGAAACAACCGCUGCAUCCCAGAGACGUUAAAGUGUAACGGAGAGGACGACUGCUCGGACGGAUCGGAUGAGUCCACAUGUGCGAAAUCUCUGGUGUUGCAGCAGUGUUCAGAGUUCACCUUCCGCUGCAGGAACGGACGCUGCAUCAGUAAACUGAACCCAGAGUGUGACGGCGAGCGGGACUGUGAGGACGGCUCUGAUGAGGACGACUGCCAGUGCGGGACGAAGCCGUACCGGAGCUCUCGUAUCGUCGGCGGUCAGGCGUCCCGGGAGGGCGAGUGGCCGUGGCAGGUCAGCCUCCACAUCAGAGGCACCGGUCACGUGUGCGGAGCGUCCAUGUUGAAUAACCGCUGGAUGCUGACCGCCGCUCACUGCGUCCAGGACAACGGACCAAACAAGUACUCCCAGGCGGACCAAUGGGAGGUCUUGCUGGGUCUCAAUGUGCAGAGUCAGACCAACGAGUGGACGGUGAGGAGGAACGUGAAGCGGAUCGUCGCUCACCCCGACUACAACCCCUUCACCUACGACAACGACAUCGCUGUGAUGGAGCUGAACGCCGACGUCACCCUCAACCAGAACAUCUGGCCCAUCUGUCUGCCCUCCACCACCUACGACUUCCCAGCAGGCCGAGAGGCGUGGAUCACAGGCUGGGGGGCCACCAGAGAGGGAGGCCGGGCUGCGACCGUGCUGCAGAAGGCGGAGGUUCGGAUCAUCAACAGCACGGUGUGUAAGAGUCUGAUGGACGACGAGGUCACCGACAGGAUGCUGUGUGCCGGCGUCCUCAAAGGAGGCGUGGACGCCUGUCAGGGCGACUCCGGCGGCCCGCUAUCCGUCACCGGCCCCAGUGGGCGGGUCUUCCUGGCCGGCGUGGUGAGCUGGGGCGACGGCUGCGCUCGCAGGAAUAAACCCGGCGUCUACACCCGAGUCACCAAAUACCGCCGCUGGAUCACGGAGCAGACGGGAGUGUAGGGCUGAACGAGACGGUUCCUGUCCAUGUUCACGGCACAAUCUGUCAAUCAAACAUUCUAUAAUCAUCUAUAACUCAACGAAGCAGAAGCUGAGAACUCCUGACUGUCCUUUCUUUCUUUAAGUCAAUGAAUCUGAGAUCACAACCUGAUCGUCUCCUUUUUAUAGAUAUCAUAGUAAUAAUAUUAAGUGCACGUUCUCCUGUUAUAAUGAAACGUAGAAGUUGAACUUGGAAGUUAAGAUAAUUAAAUGUUAUUGAUAAUUCAUUAACAUUUAAAACUGCCAACUUGAUGGAUUAUUGUAAUGUAACGACCCUUUAUUGGUGAAUUAGUACCAUUUAUUAUAACGUAUGAAUUAUUAACUUUUACUGACACUAGUGGCUCAACAGCCAGAGAGAGUUCACAACCAAAGAGUUGUUUUUAUUAAAUCUUUAAAGCGUUUAUUGAAGAUUCACAAAGCGUGUGCUAAAGUAUUUAACGCUGAUUUAACAGGAAGUGGAACCAAAAUAAGGUGUAUAAAUUAUAGAAAUAACAAGUUUGAUGUGAUGAUCUUUAGAUGGUGAUGUUGAGGUAAAAGAAGAGUAUGAAUGAAGGUGUGAUCUUUAGAUAACACUUCUCUGGAAAGCUCCAUGAGGUUCAUUAAUACUUAGAAAGGUGUAAAUGUAAAGUGUGAUGGCGUCGGGCAGCAGGGAUAUCCUCAUGUUCAUGUUUAUUAAUGUUCUCUGUGAAAUACUUUGUCGGCGUAAAUAGUUUGUAAUUGAAACACUUGAAGACCAUUUUGUAAAUAAUGAAAAUAUUCUCAGGGUUUAGAUAAUAUACUCAGAACUACAGCUACAGACUCUGACUCGCUGAGUUAAACCGGAUCAACCGGUGAACGCUCUCAGGACAAGAGGUUCACUGAAUCCCGUCAGCUGACUUGCUUUUUCAAACACAUUUAGAGGUUUGUUGUGAUCAUCUUGGACGUGAUCCAGUCAACAAGGUGUGAUGUGGAGGAUCAGUGAAAGUCCUCCAUGACUGAUGAACAGGUCCCGAGUUCCUCUGUGAUCCAAACAGGGUUCCUCACUUCACCCAGAAGAGAACCUUUAAAGAUGAACCUGCAGAGACACUCUCAGGUCUCGUGAAGGAGCUCCUCAGGGAACCGUGCUGGGUCCUCUGGGAUUCCCACAACACGAGCUGAUGUACCAGAGUUCAUUAGUGUUUUUACCACAUCGUCACUAUUUAUUAGAAUAACAGAGCGUCUGCAUAUUUACAGGAACCCGCAAUGGUUCCUGGGAGCUCUGCUGCCCAACAGGCUGCUCUAGAGUCAGUGCUUUACAGAACAAAACCAACGGAACAGAAACCUCUAGGGUUGAAAAAAGUUAAGAUUAAAGUCACAUAAACCAUUUUCUAUGAAUCAAAUAUUGGACUACGGUGCCAAUAAUGAAUUAUUAUUGAUGUGGAUCAGUUUCAGAACUCAGAAUCAUGAUUGCUCAAGAAGCCUUCAGGCUACGUGAGACUUUUAGUUGUUCCACUGACGUCAGAGGUUUGUCUUCUGUGUUUAAGGUUUGAGCCGCUGUUCUGUUACAUUUCUGUUUUUGUUUUCAUGUUUUCACUCUUUUCUGCUGAAUGUAUUUAUUUGUACAGUGUUUUCUCAUUCAUCAGUCUUUCUAGUUAUAUGUGUAGCUUGGGUUGCAGGAUAAUUAACCACUCUUAAAGAUAGAGCAACAUGAUUCUUCGUAGUACGAACAUUUUUCAUUAGUUUGGGGAUUUAAACUCAUUUUAAGAUGAAACAGACACAGGUUUAGGUGAAUGUACAGAGUAGACAAAUAGAAAUAUAGAAAUGUUCUUCUAAUGUUUCUCUCUUAACUGACAAAUCUCAAAACACUCAGUGGUUCUGAUCAUCUGUCAGCUAGUGAAGGAGAUCAAAGGAUCAGACUGGAGAACACAGAUUGAGUUUUGAUUCCAAACAUAAUUACAGAUACAUAUUUUUUUUUUCAUAAUAAUUACUAUAAUUCACUGUUUAUAAUAAAAUAUUUGUUCUUCAUGUGA